AUGCAUUUCUUAUCAGUCAGAUUUAUUGCAGCUCUUUUCGUCAUCGAAGCUGCCAUUGCUGUCCCUCUCGGUAUCGAGUAUGACAAGACGGAAAACUUGGAUGCGGAAGAGACCGCCAACAAGGGAAGGCUUGAUGCAGCAACGACGCUGGCCGACGCACAAGUAGCCAAAAUGCGAGAAGGCGUAGACAAGUAUAAAGCUGGUGAUGCGAAGGCCAAGGUACUCUUCGAGGCGGCUUAUGGCAAGAACGCCAACGUCGAUGAAGUCGACAGAACUGUGACCGCACUUCAAAACGGUAACCUCCAAGCACAGUUGGCAACGCAUACCAAGUUUAAGCAUGGCGAGAUUGCUGCAGUCGAAUGGAUAAAGCCUAAUGAUAAGUCACCAUGGCGGUUUAAACCUGCAAACACUCACGUGGAAUCAAUUGUUGCAGGAACAGGCGAUGAUGCAUUAAAUGACGUAGGGCGCGCGGGCACCGUUAUUCAUGAAGCUACACAUCAGUUAUCGAAGACCGGAGACAAAGUCAACAUGAGGAACAACAUCAUCAGACCGAGUGAUGGAAGAUCGGUGUGGAACGGAGAGACUGGAUACACCUCAAAUCACAAUAUGCACAAGACCGUCGCUGAAGUCAACGCAGACGAGGGCUUUACAGCUGUCAGAGAUAAGGCAAACAACAUGCACUACAAUGCAGAGUCACACGCAUUGUUCGCCAGCUUAUGCUCCCAACCUGGAGCUCUGCGUAGGCGUGAUGUGUCCCUCUACAAUCGAGCCUUGUCGGAAGGUGACCACAAGAAGCUCCACUAUCUCGCGCGACGCAAUUCCUGCAAACUUCCACCUGACUAUUUCGCCAAAAAGGCCGCUGCCGCAAAAGCCGCACCCAAGAGGGUGAACAAUUCGAAGGUGGCCGCGAAGGGAGGCCACAGGCCUUCAACGAAAGGCGGCAUGUCUCCAGCUCGGUCCUCCGUCAAAGCGCCUUCUGCCGCUAAGGGACUGGGCCCCAAGGCCGCGAAGAAGAGUGCCAACGGGAGACGCCUGGUCAAAUCGACGACUUCUGCCAAGAAGCAGGCAACGAGGGGUGCCGCCAGGACCACUGUCGGGAGUGCCAAGACAUCGACAGCAUACCGUUCGAAGGCAGCGCAGCGGCAGUCUAUCAAACGGACGGCGCGUGGUUCAAAAUCGUCUCAAGCUCACUCCUCCAGCAAAACAUCUCCGAGAAGAGGAUCGCCGAAGUUCGCAGCCUCACAGGGUGCGAAGCGUACUGUCCAUAAACAAGUCAGCAAGCGUCCUUCACGACCCGUCAAGCCAAAACCAGCAAAGGGUGCCGUCACUGCGAAGGCCAAGAAGCAUUAA